CUGAGAUAGGGUGAGCGCAUGUCUUAAGACAAACCCCCGCAUUCGCUCUUGUAGCUGACAACGUCUAUGUCAGCCGUUCGUUCAAUGUCUGUUUCUUUGUAGCUUUUCUGUAAAUAUGUUUUCGCAAUUCAAGGACCGUGUCGCACGUCGCAACAAAGGCAACGGCCAGAGCACCUCCCAACACAAUCGCUUAUCGAAACCGAGAACGAACACCAACUCGAAAUUGGCCAGCUCUGUUGUCAACAACGAUAUCCCAUACCCCGAUUCACCACAGUUUGCGGAAUUGAACGCAAAGAAACGCCAACAGAUCCGGGACGGAUUGUUAUCGCCAAUUAGCAAAGAGGCGGGGUCAGCGAUUUGGUCUGAUCAGGAUGUAGCCGAUACCGAGGCAGCUGUAGAGGGACGCGGACGCCGCUCAACAGUGGUUUCAAGGUCCAAUUCACGUGCACACUCAAGGUCGGGUUCUGCGUUACGUUCCUUUGUACGGAGCAGGCGAAACUCCACCACCAACCUCAGAAACCUACCAGAAUCGAAAGUGUCUUUGGUCUCUACUACACAAUCAGACAUUGAGGCGGCUAUUCGACUGUUGCAGGAAGUAAAGAGGAACGCAUCUCCCGAGGAGCUGGCAGCGUUGCGUGAAGCCUUGGAACGUCCUACCGAAUCCUCUGCCGCGAUAUUAGAGCAGGAAUUUGACAGGUCCAGCCCAGAAAUCAGCGGUGCACUUACUCGAAGAAAGUCACUCAUCCAGACACCAGGAAUUGCGACACGGAUGUCGCCUGUCGAAGGCCAACGCAGGACUUGGAACUCUUGGAAGGCGUCACAAAUGAGACCAGAAGAUGAAGCGAAAUGGCGAGCGCCAAAACAAGGACCAUCUCCUCUGGAUCGCUUAGUAGCUCUGGACCUGGCAGAUAACACUCAAGCACAAACGCCUGAGGAAAUGGACUAUUCUCACUUGCUUGGAUACAAGCCAGGCACAUUGAUGGUUGUCAAUGGUGCCGCUUCACCCGCACCUUCCACGGUCAAUAUUGCUCGCAUUGCUCAGGCAGACAAGAAGAAUGACUACUUCUCCGUAACCGAACCUGCUCCUAGUCCCUUGGCAACGAAGAAUGAGAGGAAACAGACGAAGCCUAGAAGCAUGUCAGCUGUUGGCGUACGUGAUAGCAAGACAAGAGGCACCCCAGACCCGGCUGGCGAAGAAAAGAUACCCAUCACCUACAUCAAGCCGGAGAUCAAACCAAAGAAACGGCCACAAAGCAUUGCGGUGACCACCAGGCGGCCGUCGCAAGGCGCUGGUACUCUUGCAAAAGAUUAUCAGGCUUAUAUCCCGUACAGUCCGUUCGAAAAUCGCAUGGUAAUUCACAACAUCUGGCAAGACCAAGAGGCAACGACAGACGAGCUCUUUCUUGAGGAUCUACAACCUCAGCCACAGCCAGAAAACCUCGUGGAACUAUCUGCAACUAUAACCGACGUAACUGAACUCUCACCUCCUUCUACAGCCACAAGCACAACGACCUUGGAGACACCCAAGGAUCGAACCCUUCGGCCAUCACCAAGGACAUCGGACUCGGGGUACUCAUCCAUUGGCUCGUCUGGUGGCAGUGUAAGAACAGCCAACAGCGAACAGCAGCAGUAUCCUAGUGUGCUUCGAGUAGCUAGCCCACCGUCUGAUUCACCGCACGCCCGAUACCGCGCUAGCAGAAGACAAACCAUGAGCUUCGAGUUACCUAUUCAGGGCGAUCUUUCAGCUCGUUUCGAACAGUCUCUGUUGGCCACUGUACCCAAGCACGCACAUGGGCGCACGCUGUCACUAGACAUUCCUCGAGAAGUUGCUGAGCUCCCUUCCAUGGAUCUUGUACUCGCAUGCAGUACACCACAAUCAGCAACUUCGAAGACGUCCGAGAAGCCUCUGCCAAAGCAGACGAGGCGCCUGCAGAAGCGGCGGCCAUCGCAGCCUCAGCUACCAGUUGUUCAGUCAGCUCAGCCAAGCCGCGAAAUCAUUCCUGGGGUCCCGGACGAUGUGAGAGUCAAGUUCUCUCGACGACUGUCGGCUACACCUGGUAUGGAAUGUUUGACUCACACUUACCCUAGUAAGGACCACAUAACCUCAACUGAGUCGACUACAAGCUCCAGCCCCAUCGAGCCGGUUUCAUCGCUGAUCCAACUCGAGCCUGACCAUGCACCUGCGCCACCUGCUCGUGGUCGUAGAAGGAGCAUGUCUUUCUUCAGGAGAAAGUCGAUGACAGGGAAGAAGGAUGAAAAGCACGAGGAAGAAAUUCCCUCACCCAAGGUGCUUGAUCUCGGCACCAUCGCGGUAUCUCUUGGUGCCUCUCCCUACGAUCCUUCCAUGUUUGGUUCUUUCCAGCCGAAGGAGGUCGUGGAGAACCCAACCCAUCCACACCAGCUUGGUCAAGCACGAUCGCAUUCGCGAUCAAGAUCAGCAGUGAGCAUGAGUUCCGACACAGCCGCAGAAUAUGCGCGCGUGCGUAGCAAGGAUCGUGCUCUGCCUGAACCAGAGAUGCCAGAAAUGCCUCAGCAACGUAAACCACGCCGGAAGCCAAAGAUGGAGAUCGGUGAGGCGAAGCAGUCGAAACGACGCCCGCAAUCCUUCUACUUCGAUGAAGCUCCGCCAAUGCCAACCAUCGAUCACGCAAAGUACGCUACUCCGCUCUCCGCCAAACCCAGGUUGGAGAACGUGGACGCCCCUACGGCGAAUCAGUCUCGCAUUCGCGCCAAUUCUCGUCCACAGUCACCCCUGAGACCCAACCACACACGACCCCCUUCGGCCCACAAGAAUGUCGACUGGGAGCACACGGUCAACUGGGAGCAGCAUGCCCUGCAGUGGAGCCAGCGUCGUAAAUCCAUCGGUGACAGCCUGCGACCACGGCCAAUAGUCGAGGCUAAAGAAAAUGUCGCAUAUGCCCCUCGUCCCCAUCCGAUGUCUUACACACCCCAGGAGUUGACGACCUUUGGUCGUUACAGUGGUGGGCUCGACUACAACCACGAGGGCCGUGGGCAAAUCGGCGGUUCAGCCGGCACGCGGCAGCUGCACAGCUAUGCUGCGCCGAGGAGCAUGUACUUCAAACAGAGCUAUGGCGUCGAUUUGUCUGACGUUCCAAUAUUCUUACAAAGGCAAUAGAAGCCUUGUCUUGCGUACACAUUGGGCGGCGUUGGAACAACUAUACUAAUAAUGACCUUCGAUUCGAACACACAUGAAUACAUAGAAUAGCGUUUUCGAACAUACCCACGCCCACGCACAUACGAGCGGCGUUGAAAUGAACACAUUUACGAUCCUUCCCAAUUUGAAUUAUCUUGCAUCUGAUACACUAGUGAUGAACUGGUAUCGAGAAAUGCCUCGUGGCACAUGUCUCCUGGAGGAAUGGAGAAAGCACGUGCAAACGAUCAUCGCCGAUGACAGCUACCCAAACAAGCCCAACUGCUCACCCCAUCUGUGUGAACAAGCUGUGUCGAUAAUUGCCUCUUG